AUGCCCGCCGCCGUGCACCUGUCCGCCGGGAUGCUGCUGCUGCUGCUGACCUCCUGCCUCGCCGGGGACCAGGUGGUGGCGACCGUCCCAGCAGCUCCAGUUAACGUGUCCGUGUCCCAGCUGAGGGCCGACUCUGCCCUGGUCACCUGGAGCAUUCCACAGGGAGACACUGUCAUUGGCUACGCCCUCUCACAACAGAGACAGGAUGGACUGAUGCAGCGCUCCAUUCGAGAGGUCAACACGUCCAGCCACUGGUGCAUGCUGUGGGACCUGGACGAAGACACGCACUACAGUGUACAGGUGCAGUCCGUGGGCAUGCAGGGGGACAGCCAGCCCAGCAGAGCGGUGCAUUUCAGAACCUUGGAGAGGAGCGACCACUACCCUGUCGGAGUGCACGACCACCACCAUGAGCCGGCGAUGGAGGGUCUGGGGAUGACGCCUCACCUGCAGACAGGAGAGCUGCUCAUCAUCACGACUGUACUGCUGCUGUGGGCUGCCGUCAUCGCCCUGUUCUGCCGGCAGUACGACAUCAUCAAAGACAACGACUCCAACGGCACCAAGGAGAAGGGUAAACGGCUGCGCUCGUCCUCGUCCUACUACAACGGCUCCGCGGGCAGUUCCCCCAUCUACCAUAACGGGGCAGUGCGGAGCAGCAGGCUUCACCGAGCCUCCUCCUCGAUCAGCAUCAUCCGAGUUUGA